AUGCCUUCUCUUAACCGUUACCUCGCGGCCGCUUCCGCCCUGGCCAUUAACCUCACUAUGGCUGAGACCAACCCUGACGCCCAAGGCGCUUGUGAUACCACACAAGGUGGCAAUGGCGCAUGUGGGCCUAAUGGCUCUGAAGCGUGGCUCAACACAGGCCUCGAUGCCGAUGGUUGGAAUCCGCCCUUUCUCGACAUCAACAGUCUCACACACAUCUCGCUCGACGAUUAUUACAACGGCGUUGGUCAAGGUUGUCGGCAGUACGAUGAGUUCUUCCAGAGCUCUGGCGAGAAAUAUGGCAUCGAUCCUGCCAUUCUCGCCUUUAUCGCUAUGCAAGAGUCCUCCUGCAAUGCAGACGCUGGUGGUCCUACGCCUGGUCUAAUGCAAUGUGACCCUAGCAAUUGCCAGAACGGUCAAAGUUCCUGCCAGUACCCUAUCCAGGAUAAUGUCGACUGCGGAGCAAACGUUUUGAAGAAUGCUCUCGACAAUGCCAACGGAAAUGCCAUUCGGGCACUCGGUUCUUACAACGGCUGGUUCACAGCUCAGGAUUUCACCGGACUGAAUGACGGCCAGGGCAUCACGGUCGACUAUCCUUGCUCCAGUGAGGGACGGCAACACGGUUCACCGCAGAACUUGGACUACCUCCACGAGGUACUUAAUGGCUGGUUUCAGGGCUAUGACAUCUACGGCAACGACGCCAAUCUUGGCGGCCACUAUGAAUGCGAGGGGAGCUGCAAUGGUGGAAAUGUGUGCUAG